AUGGACGACCCGGCUGGUCCCAAGAGCCUGAAACGCAAGGAAUCACGAGAUAUCAAUAGCGAUUCAAAUCCAUCCCAGAAGCGCCGUAGAAAUCACCCGGUCAUAGCCUCUACUUUUCGUGCCCAACGUCGUGUUUCCGCCACGCAAGUCAUCGACCUUACGAGCGAUAUUGAUCAUUGUGCUAUCUGCCCGAAUGUUCUUGGUCAAGGUGAAGAUGGAGUUUCCAGCAUGUUUGCCUUCACGAUCUGUGGCUGUAUCAGGUGCGGCCAAUGCCUUCGUGAGCUUAUCCCAGUAGACCAAGAAAAGGACGUUACUGGGAUCGAAGGGGUCUACUGCUCAAAGGAUGACCACUUCGAUCACGGAGAACAAGCUGCUUGGAGGAUAUUUGGGCGGGAUUGCGAGAUCUGCUUCAUUACAUCAGACGAAGGGGGUGAUAUGUGUCGGACACAAUGCCACACGUUUUGCUUUAAAUGCAUCGCAAUGUGGGUAGACGAAGAAGAGAAGACUACCUGCCCUUGCUGCAGAGUAGAGCUUUCGUAUGAGGUUUACAGCUUCAAUACUUUCUCGCGUGGGGUGGUCUGUUCAGGGGGAAAAGAAGCAUAG